UUAAUUGAGAAGCACUAAUUUCAUUUCAAGCCUUCAAACUCAAUUCAUCGUUUUCAUUGUUCUUUCUUCCCGGGUUUUCCAACUCUUUGCAAAACCCAAAACCAUAUUUCCCGGUCGAUUUCUGCUCCGCUCCAGCCAUUGAUCCGCCAAUCCAGAUCCAUCUUUAACUGGAUCUCAUCAACUCACCUUUUACCCGUUCCCACCGGUUCAUCCGCCAUAAAAUCACUGCCGUCUGAUAUCUCUCCACUCAACGGUCUAAAAGUUGGAAACUGGAAAAUUCUUUCUCCGAUCACAGUUGAAACGGCUCCGUUGCAGCUUAAAUUCCUUAGCUUUACCUCAUCUUCGUUUUCUUUUUCCUACCCAUUUUCUUUCAUUUUGCUUUUCAUUGCCUUUACUCAAAUUCUAUUCUUUUUAACCAAACAAUUAAUUUUUCUAUAAAUUCAAGAAAUCUAGUAUUGGUUUGUUUUUCUUCGAUUGGAAAUGACGUCGGGGACGAGGAUGCCGACAUGGAAAGAGAGAGAGAACAACAAGCGGAGAGAACGGCGGAGGAGAGCUAUUGCUGCGAAGAUCUUCGCUGGACUUCGGAUGUACGGUAACUACAAGCUUCCAAAACACUGCGAUAACAAUGAAGUUCUCAAAGCUCUUUGUAAUGAGGCUGGUUGGACUGUUGAACCCGAUGGCACUACUUAUCGUAAGGGGUGUAAGCCUUUGGAGCGCAUGGAUAUAGUAGGUGGAUCAGCAACAGCGAGCCCCAGUUCAUCUUACCACCCAAGCCCCAUGUCAUCUUCCUUUCCAAGUUCAGCUUCCUCUUCGUAUGUGGUUAAUUCCAACGGUGAUGGGAGUUCUCUUAUCCCAUGGCUCAAAAAUCUCUCAUCUGCUUCCUCAUCACCGAUGUCUUCAAAGCUUCCUCAUAUCUACAUUCAUAGUGGUUCCAUCAGUGCUCCUGUCACCCCUCCAUUGAGCUCACCAACUGCGCGAACUCCACGAACCAAUACUGAUUGGGAGGACCUGACUGCCCGUCCAGGUUGGAGUGCACAACAACACUCUUUCCUGCCCUCUUCAACUCCACCUAGCCCUGGUCGUCAGAUCGUUCCUGACCCAGAGUGGUUUGCUGGGCUCCGUAUCCCUCUCAGUGGGCCAACUUCUCCCACAUUCAGCCUUGUCUCCUCAAAUCCCUUUGGAUUCAAAGAGGAAGUUUUAGCUGGUGGAGGAUCCCGUAUGUGGACUCCAGGGCAAAGUGGAACAUGCUCUCCUGCAAUAGCUGCAGGAUCAGAUCAUACGGCUGAUGUUCCAAUGUCUGAAGUUAUAUCAGACGAGUUCGCAUUUGGAAGCAAUGCAACAGGACUCGUGAAACCGUGGGAAGGAGAGAGGAUUCAUGAAGAUUGCGGAUCGGAUGACCUAGAACUCACUCUUGGCAGUUCCAGGACUAGGUGAGUUUUUUAAGCUUAUUGAGUAGAUAGAUGGCCAAAAUUGACUCCUUUUGUUUUCCCUUCCUGUUUUUACUUUGUGUUACAAUACCUUGCAUAUAAAGCAAUCUGUAUGAACUUUGAUUCCAUAUUUUGCUCUCUGAAAAAAGGGAACAAAAGGGAUCAGGGUGAGCAUGAAUCUUAUUAUUAGCCUUCAUUUAAUUUUAUAUUUUUUUUUCUCUAAAUAUAUAGUCAGUUUUUCAA